AUGUCAACUCCUCACUUAAGUGGCAUUGCAGCCUUGCUCAAGAGCUCUCACCCUGACUGGUCACCAGCUGCAAUCAAAUCUGCCAUCAUGACAAGCGCCAAUGUACUGAACCUUGCAGGGUUGCCCAUUGUUGAUCAAAGACUUAAUCAGGCAGACGUAUUUGCAAUUGGUGCAGGCCAUGUUAACCCUACAAAAGCAAAUGACCCGGGGCUCAUCUACGACACACAACCUAUGGAUUACAUUCCUUACUUGUGUGGUUUGAAUUACACAGAAAAAGAGAUACAGAUCAUCACCCAACAAAAAGUGAACUGCUCUCAAGUCGGGGUCAUACCAGAAGCACAGCUCAAUUAUCCUUCAUUUUCUAUUAAGAUAGGGUCCAAUGAGUCUUAG